ACUCAGUAAAACUUCGAAUCAUCUUGUUCUUGUUGUGCUUGAGCCAAACGAAACCAUGUCUGGACGCGGAAAGGGGGGGAAGUCGAAAACGAAGGCCAAGACCAGGUCUUCGCGUGCGGGACUCCAGUUUCCUGUAGGUCGUAUCCACCGUUUGCUCCGCAAGGGCAACUAUGCGGAGCGUGUCGGAGCUGGUGCCCCCGUGUACCUUGCUGCCGUUCUUGAGUAUCUCGCCGCUGAAGUCCUUGAGUUGGCUGGCAAUGCCGCCCGUGACAACAAAAAGACCAGGAUUAUCCCCCGGCAUCUUCAGUUGGCCAUCCGUAACGACGAGGAGUUGAAUAAGCUUCUGUCUGGCGUGACCAUCGCUCAGGGUGGUGUCUUGCCGAACAUCCAGGCUGUCCUUCUGCCCAAGAAGACCGAAAAGGCCCAGGCAUAAGAAACUUCUUGUCAAAAACAACGGCCCUUUUCAGGGCCACCUUAUUUUAUGAGAUCACACAUAAUGAGCAUUUCGCUUAUGAACUCAUGCGCUUUAUAAUUACUAAUCUCUCUAUGCAUUUCCAUGGACGGUCAAGUAUCUAACUGAAAAAAACAAACAUUUUAAGAUGGCUUAGACAAAAUAAUGACACAUAUACGAUCUUAAAUUUAAAAAAAAAA